CAGUGGGCAGAGGCGACGUCCUAAGAACCUAAUUCAUUCUGGUGCCUUUUCGCGCAGCAGCAAGGAUGUUGUAUCUCUAUCUUCUAACCCUGAGCCUAUCGUCUAUCCAUGGCAUCCUCCUUCCUGAAUCUGCCAGGCCCGUGGAUUUGGACACCAACCAGAUCCUUGAGGAUAAUUUGGCACAAGGACACACGACAUUAAACGAGAUGUUUGAGGAGGUAGAGCAACUGAUGGAGGACACGCAUAAUAAACUGGAGGACGCGGUGCACCAGAUGGACAAUGAGAGUGCAAAGUCCAGCUUGCAUCCCCAUGACCUUCCCUCAAAUUAUCACAACGAAAGCACUUCUGAGAGUGUGGUUGAAAACCAAUCCAUCCACACCAUAGAGACCGUACACAAGGAGACAGAAAACAGAACAGGAGAGACCCACAUCACCAGAACAAUUAUCCAGUCCAGUGGCAAGGGAAAUAAUAUUAAUCAUGAGUGUGUCAUUGAUGAGGACUGUGAGAAGGGAAAAUAUUGCCGGUAUGAGACACACCGAUCAAAGUGUCUAACCUGCAAAGCCCUCGACGUGCCCUGCAAAAGGGAUGAGGAGUGCUGUACAGGACAGCUGUGUGUGUGGGGCCAGUGCAGCCAGAACGCCACUAAGGGGGAAGCUGGCAGCAUCUGCCAAUACCAGAAUGACUGCAGCCCAGACCUCUGCUGUGCUAUCCAUAAAGCCCUGAUGUUCCCAGUGUGCACGGCCAAGCCAAUAGAGCGUGAGCGCUGUCAUGGCUCCUCCAAUCACCUGAUGGAGCUGCUGUCCUGGGACAUAGAGGGCCAGGGACCAAAGGAACACUGCCCCUGUGCUGAGGACCUCCAGUGUCAACAUCUCGGCCGAGGCUCGCUGUGUCUGAAAGGAGAGAACUCGAGUGAAGAGGACCUGACAGACACACUUUAUUCAGAAAUUGACUAUAUCGUCUAGGAGUAACCAUGCAGCUCAACCUUUUCAGGCCUGUAGACAAUCAGAGGGGUCUCCAGUGAUUUCAGCCUAGAAAAUGAAGUGGCUCCCCCUCUCACAAGGCUUACAUGUAAGAUUCUUCCAUCUAAAAGCUGGUCAUUAUUUAUUCAAGGCAUUGCAGUUUUUUUCUAUUUGCUCGAAUUUAACCAAAAAUCUAGAUGUUGCAUAGUGCAUAACACCAUGUAUGUAUUAGAUGGAAUUGACUUUUUGGAAAUUCCCGAUUCCUAGACAUUCACACUGUUCAAAGGUAGUGUGUAUGAUGACUACACUCCAAUUCUGCAAUAAGAGUUCUUCAUGUUUGAGCAAAUAUGUACUUAAACAUACCCCCUCCUGCUCUCGUCUCACUUAUGCGCCUACCUUAAGGAUGGAGAGUUCGCUGGAGAUGCACCGUUGAGGCCCUUUGCUCAAAAUAAUUAAGUCAAGUUAGGGGUGAAGAAAGAAUCAAUACAAUGUACUGUAUACAUGUGAAGUAGCUUGCUUAAUCCUGGUUUUUGUUUAAAAUAGUGGUUUAAACAAGGACAGAUGACAUUUCUGAAUGUGGACCACUGACAGAAAAUGACAGGUCAGCUCAUCAUGCCCCAAACUUGGUAAUGGAAACUAUAACCCAGACACAUGCAGCUUGAAAAACUUUUGCUCACAAGGAAAUAAAAGGCUUUGCAAAUGUAGAUGUCUAUCCUUGAGAUGUAAAUAUUCUUAUAUGUAUAUCAUGUUCAAUCCAUAUAAAUGCAGCAUUGGUAAAGUGGGGAUUCAAAAUAUUUAAUUUACAAUGACAAAAUACUGAAGUUAUGAAAAAAAAUAUUUUAAUUUCAUUCUAAAAUCACCUUAACUAUGUUCACACAAGAUUUAAACCUCAAAACAAAGAAACAAAUUAUUUUAUUGGCAUUCCUACUAUGAACAGCUUAUGGCAGGCAGCAUUAGAAGCCCAGAGGAGCUCUGCUGGGCCCUGCAGUGUGGAGACCCAGUCAGCUGGUCCAUUAGGGUCUAUGCCCUCUGGUCUCAGUCUAUCCGAAGCAGCAGCAGCAGGUAUAUAGCGCCACAACCACUACCCAAUCAUCUCCCAAAACCACUGAGGGCUCCCGCCCUUCACGCCAUCAGCAUGCACGUGGCCUCGACGGACACGCACACAGUUCACAUCGUGCAGAAAUAAAACGAGAGAGGAAAUAAACGUUUCUAAAUUAACAUUAGGUUAAAUACAGACAAAAUGUUUUAAUGUGUGCCAGAGGUCGCUCACAAUAACAUCAAAAAUAAUUUACAUUGAACAAAAUGAUGAGCUCCUUAACGUAGUCUACUUGGUGGUCUAGUUGCCAUUUCCUUGGUAAUUGGAGGACUAAUACGUAUCAGUGAAUCAGGAGGAAGUGAGAGGCAGAGCUCCUAUAAAGCGUAUGGGGUGGAGCAGCAGUAAGAGGAGUUUCCACAGUGAUGCACACUGUGGCAUUCUGGGAAAACAGUAGAAACCCUCCAGGUCAGCAAAUAAAAAAUGACCACUUUAUAGAAUCAGAGAAGAUAGAAGUUAUUAAAUGUUGAGUGUGAACUACGUAUCGAUUUGCCAAGGAUG